AUGACGUCUCAUGAUUUCGUUGUGCAGUCGAACUCGAGCAACGACGAAAUGAAUCAAAGCUCGAGAGUAGCGUCGAGCAGCGGCAGUGGCAAGGAUGCUGCGGGAGUUUACGGACACAGAGAGCGAAGACCGCGAGAUUAUCAAAUUGCGAAAGCUGACCUGGAACUCCGUCAAAAAAAUAUCAACUUCUACCAACUCGUCCAAGCUUAUCGUGAAUUCGGCCACAAGCAGGCCGACGUAGAUCCGAUACGACUGUCGAAAUUGAUUCCCGUGGCCGAGCUCGAGCCCUCGAGGUACGGAUUGAAGGACAGCGACCGAGUCACCUUGAGAGGUUUACUGAAUUACGCGAACGAUGACGAGUCGAGCGAGAUCGGUCUCGCCGAGGCCGUGGACAUCUUGCGCAGCCUCUACUGCGGCAGCAUGUCCGCCGAGUUCAGCUACCUCGAGACGGAAGAGGAGCGCGAGUGGUUCGCGCGCACCUACGAGGCCGUCCAUCGCGAGCCGAUCGCCGACGAGACCAGACGCGCCGUGGCCCGAGAGAUGCUCGAGAGCCAGGCGUUCGAUCGAUUUCUCGCCCGCAACUUUCCCGACGUCAUACGCUGCAGCGGCGAGGGCGCCGAGAGCAUGCUGGCCUUCUUUCACGAGCUCUUCGAGCUGAGCUCGGGCCCCGAGAGUUCGCUUCGCGAGCUGGUACUCUGCAUGCCCCACCGUGGCCGGCUGAACUUCAUCACGGGCAUGAUGGGCUUUCCGCUGGCCACCGGCGACAUCUCCUUCCACAUGAUCGGCCGGACCGAGCUCGGCAACGGUCGAGUGAGCGUCGGCAUGCUGCACAAUCCGUCUCACCUGGACUCGGUCAACGCCGUCGCGAUGGGCCGGACUCGCGCCCUUCAACGGCUCCACCGUGACGGCGAUUACUCCGCGGAGGACGACGCUGCAGAGGCCACUAACCGGUGGGCCGACAAAGUGCUGAACGUGCAGAUCCACGGCGACGCUGCGUACACGGGCCAAGGAGUGAAUCAGGAGUGCCUCGCGAUGUCGCGCGUGCCGCACUACGAGAUCGGCGGCUCCGUGCACGUGGUGCUGAACAAUCAGCUGGGCUACACUCAGCCCGCGGCGAGGGGCAGAUCGUCGAGGUACUGCACGGAUCUGGCCAAGUUCGUAGCGGCACCCGUGGUGCACGUGAACGCGGACGAUCCGGAGAUGGUCCUCAGAGCCGCGCGCAUCGCCUUCGAUUAUCAGAGAAAAUUCCGCAAGGACGUGUUCGUCGAUCUGAAUUGCUUCCGAUACCGGGGACACCACGAGCUCGACGAUCCGACCUUUACCAAUCCGCUCAUGUACAAAAUCAUAAACAACAGACCAUCGAUACCCGAUCGCUACGUCGAAUGACUGAUCGGGGCCAAAGUUCUGAGCGCCGAUGCAGCCACGAGGAUGACGGACGAGUACACGUCGAAGCUCGAGGAGUGCCUGAAACGCGCCGACGAUUACGAGCCGCAGGCCGCGUACCUUCGGGGCCGAUGGUCGAAGAUCGAACGAGCCGGUGCCAACGUGACCACUUGGGACACGGGCUGCGAUCUCGAUCUUCUGAGGUACGUCGGUAGAAAGAGCGUCGAGUAUCCCGAAACGUUCGGCGUUCAUCCCGAGCUGCGAGAGGGUCACGUCGCGGCCAGACUGAGGCAGAUCGAGACGGGCAGGGGCCUGGACUGGUCGAGCGCCGAGGCCGUGGCCUUCGGCAGUCUGCUGCUGCAGGGCUACGACGCGAGGCUCAGCGGCGAGGACGUCGAGCGGGGCACCUUCGUCCAGAGACACGCCGUGCUGAUCGAUCGGUUCACGGGCCGGUCGUACGUGCCUCUCAACGCCGUGACGUCGGUGGGUAAUAAUAACGACGACGAUGAGAUCGGCAAAAUCGAGGUGGCCAACAGCGUCCUUUCGGAGGAGGCCGUGCUGGGCUACGAGUACGGCUGGAGCGUGACCCUGCCCGACUGUCUGACCAUCUGGGAGGCGCAGUUCGGCGACUUCUGCAACGGCGCCCAGUCGAUGAUCGACACCUACGUGAGCGCCGGCGAGACCAAGUGGCGCCAGAGCAGCGGCCUGGUGAUUCUGCUGCCGCACGGCUACGACGGGCCCGGACCCGAGCACAGCUCCGGCAGAUUGGAGCGAUUUUUGCAGAUGACCGACAGUCGAGAGGACAAGGUCGACGGCGACGAUGUCAAUAUGCACGUGGUCAAUCCGUCGACUCCUGCCCAGUAUUUUCAUUUGCUGAGAAGACAGGUGGUGAGAAACUUUAGGAAGCCGUUGAUAGUGAUCACACCGAAGGCACCGAUGCUCCGAAAUCCCGCGGUAACUUCGACUAUCGACGAGUUAGCUACCGGCACGACAUUUAAAUCUGUUAUCGGUGACGACAAAGCAAUCGACGAGAACGUCACGAAAGUCAUACUGACAUGCGGCAUGUACAAAAAUGCACAAACUUACGUUUGGAGUCAAGAGGAGCCACGAAACAUGGGAGCUUGGAGUUUCAUAAAGCCACGAUUCGAAAAUCUGUGCGGUCGAAAGUUACGUUAUUCCGGUCGAGAGCCGCUCGCAACGCCGAACGUUGGUAUUGGAAAAUUGUUCGAAAAACAAAGUAGAGAUGUCAUCGUUCAGCCGUUUGCCAUGACAUGA